CUGUCCAAGAGGCUAUCUCAUUCAUGGUGCUAGCUGAAACUGCAACUACUUUGGUUGGUAUCUCCACCUUUCUGAUGGAUCACUUGUCACAGCCAACACACACACACACACACACAUUUAAUAAGCAUCAAAACACAAACAUGCACUGAAUGGAUUCCUAUUGUCCAUGUUUGAAAGAGAAGUCAGCUAAUUCAUCAUGGUGUAAAGUGAAACUGUAAUUACUGUCUGAGAUAUGUGUCAUCAUCAGGUUAAGACCACAAAGUGCACACAAUGCACCAAGCUGAGCACAUAAACCAAGUCCUAAAGUGGAGACAUCCAUUGUUCGAACACUAAAGUGAGUGUGUAGCAGUGCUUUGAGAUACCAACCUGCUUGCACACUUCAUGUGGAUUCUCUCCUCUCCACGGUUGCAUUUCCAUCUGUACCAUCCGACACUUGGCAUUUGCGCCUUGAGGUCAUACGGCCAUGGGCUCUCUCCGCUUUCCCUUCUCUUUGCCUCAGCCACCGAAGCCACCGCAGAGGCCUGCGCUUCGCCAAGCCAUGGCGGCCGCGGCUGUCGGUGCCGGAGUGGGCCUGGCCAUCUCCAUCGCUCUCGAACCGGGUGCAUGCGCGUCGGGGAGAGGCCGGAAGGCGGGCAGCGAAGCGUCCCCCGUCUGGGCCACACUCUCCCUCGUCGAGACCCUGCCGCCGACGACCAUCGUGGAACCGAGGAGCGGCACCAAGUUCCCCUCCGUUGUGGACGACGGCCGCCGCCUCUUGGGCAUCGGAGUGCGGUAUUGGAAGCGUCCGAAGCGCAAGAACAACAUCUCCUAUGCAUAUGGUGUGUAUGCCGAUGAGAGUGAUGUAAAAAGAUUGAGGAAGAAAUAUGGUACAUUUUCGGUCUCUGAACUGAAAGGAAAUAAGGAGUUAAUUGAUGAUGUCCUGGAUCAGGAUUUGCGCAUGACAAUUAGGCUUCAAAUAGUGAACCGCAUGCUAAGCACACGCUAUCUGCAUGAAACAUUUGCAAAGGUUGUUGAGAACGAGCUCCAAAAAUAUGGUGGAUCAAAGUCAUCAAACAAUAAAGAAUUGCUUCAAAGGUUUAAUUCUAUAUUUAUGGAUGAACAUAAGCUCUUAGGAAAUUCUAUCUUUGAUCUUUCGAGGGAACGUGGUUAUAUUCUUCGAAUAAGAAUUAAUGGAAAGGAAAUGGGGAAAAUCGAGAGCAAUCGCAUAUGUAAGCCUCUCUUGGAUUUGUAUGUUGGCAAGAAUGCAUAUGACAAACAAGCUCUACAAGAUAUUCAAUCUACUUUGGCUUCCAUUCUCCAGGAGAGAUCUGAUUGAUGACUUCAUGUUUCAUCUAUCAAACAUCAAACAUUGACUGGCAUUAACAUCUCCAAUAGAAGUUGUCUAUAGUUCUUUUUGUAUCAGAAGCAAUUUACCUCUUUCCUGUCAUAGUCUUUGGUCAUUGUAAAUUUGAAGUACUAAAACAUCCUCUCUUUUUUUCUCGGCACCAUUUCAGCAAAUUGUUCUACUUGUAAGAGACAUGGAAACUAAAUUUUUAUAUUCUGACAAACAGGCCCAGGGUUUAUUAUUAUAUAAUGAGCUGAAAAUAAUGUGGCCACAUGUUCAAAAGGUCACCUACUGUUGAAGCAAUCUUUCACAGUUGUAAUCUUUCAGUGGUACUUUGGGUCGAGAAUCUUUUAAGAUCUCAUCUUUCAGCAGUUUCAUUGCCUGCAGAAUUGACCAUUGCAGAGUCAGUGUUCCAGCCUUGCACGUAAAUUUGACUGUGCAUGGAUACAUGCAACAAUCCAUGUAAAGCAUGGAUCAGCAGUGCCAAUUCCCGAUGCAUGUCUAUCCUUUGCCUGCAAGUGUAUGGAUGAUGUUAUGAAUCCUGUUGAGAUCACAUUUAUAAUGUGUAAAAUGCCUGGGAUCACACGGCUGUGAAGUUGGAAGGGUAGGUAAGCUCUCAAGGGGAUAACUUCUAAUGGUGUCUCAGCAGAUCAUCCUUGCUGGGGAGGAAUAUUAAAUGCCAUAAAGAGCUCCAUUCUGUGAGGCCUCAGACAACCACUGCCAUCAAAUGAAUUGUUCUCGAUGCAGAUACUGAGAACUUUGUUGUUGUAGUAACCUAAGCAAACAAACAGUAGAUCCAAGUAACUCUCUGCAAGUUUUCAUCGGCAGAAUAGAAUAGCUGUGUGAGAAAGAGAGAGCCCGGAAAAUAAUAGCAGACAGGAAUUUAAUGAUCAGCAUAAGAUAGCAGAGAAAAGUUAAAGAAAUGGGGGCCAUCUUUGAUGUGACCCUUCUUCUACCACAGGUACAGUGUGAUCAAUGAAAGAAACAAAAGCUGCUUGUCUCCACCUUUACGUAUAUUUCCCUGAGAAAUGAAAGCCUGCCCACAAGCUGCAGCUUAUCCGGCGGAUCUGACCUGCUUCCAGUUGUUUAAUGGAAAGAUGCCAUCUACGAUUCACCAUCUUCUCCUUUCCCCACUCCCCAACAGACAGUGGAUCUCAAGUGGCUUUAUCGUGGCAUGGAUGGUUGCGUUCAGCGAUAACCAGUGCAACUGUGACUCCGCUGAUGAUCCCAGCAACACGAAACAAAGCAGUCGAUGGCGAUGGCCAAGCAAAUAUCGAUUUGGUCCUACCCAAUCACAGGCACAUACGUUUCGUAUUAUGGAUCUCAAAACG